UGCAAUAUUAUUACGAGCAACUAGAGUUGGAGCAGAGGGGACGUAUGCAAACUGGGAUUAUGUUUCACUGCGACGACUCAAAUAUAUAGCAUUUUAGUAUUUCAGUUAACUUUGUAUGUGGUGAAUAAAAAUGUUUGUUGUGCACGCAUUUAGGUGAACAAGGUGGACAGUGUGUAUUUGAGAGUUUUAUAAGGCUAGCAGAUCUAAAUAUGUAAAAAAAAUUGUUUAUGCACUGGCGAACAUUUGGCGACAAUUUUCCCCACCUUUCAUCAUCUCAUAACCCUUCUUUAGUAGUUGGCAGACGUUGCCAGAGAUAGUUACGGUGUGAUAACUGGGUAGGAUGAGCCUACCAGAAAUUAUUACAAUGUGAAGUGAGCGAGCGUGUGCAUCUGAUUACCGAUUUUCGACAAAAUUGUGGAUUAAAGAGUGAUAUUUAAAUAUUGACCUUGCAUACGUGGUUUAAGUUCGUUAGUAUCUCCCUUCUGUUAAAAAAGACAGAAACAUUGAGUCCUCGUGUACAUAUUUUUUUUAUUUGAUACCAUCUUGCAAGUUACAACAAACACCACUUUCUUGAACUAGUUAUCGUGAUAAUUAAGAAGUUUGCUACUAAAAGUGUAAAUCUGACAACCCUAUUUUUAAUUUAAACAGCAAGAGAGGAGACAUUUAGAAGAAUUAGAAAGAGUUUUACCGAAACCAGACUAUAUGCUCAUUGUCUCUUUAUGCGCUAUUUCCUGUCAAGGAGGAAAGGAAAGGACUCUUGCUUGGCACUAAGCGUCUUAACUCUAAUGCUUGACGAAUAUUCUAAUUUUGAAAGCCCACCCAACACAACUUGAGGAAGUAAACCAAUUUUACCAGUUUUAAAAAACUCUCCAACACACAACAAAUUUGACAGAUAUUUGUCGGAGAUAUAACACGGAAGAUACAGUGCCCAAUGUGCCAUAAUUAAAGUAUACAGAGCAAUAGGGGCCAAUAAGUGACACGUGACGAAUAGAACAUCGUGCGGAGCAUGGAACAUGAGGCAAUGAACGCUCCGAAUCUGAUUAAGUUAAUUGGUGCGAGGUAAAAGUUUCGAUAGUUGAAAGAAUUCCUGGAAAGAUAAGAUGACAAUGGACGCGAUAAGUUGGCUGAGCAGUGGAUUUGUGCAAUCUCCAAUUCAUUUGAAUCUCAAGUGGCUCACAUUGCUUCUUUUGUACUGGGUCAGCGUGGGGGGUCAAGUUAAUGGGAUCGUAAUUAACAUAAGGAAGUUAGGAAAUGUUCAAGGGGUAAGAGAUUCAGCGACGAGUACAUAUGCUUUCCUUGGGCUUCCUUUCGCCAAAGCACCUAUCGGAAACCUACGAUUUUUGCCUCCAGAGCAUCACAAUGGGUGGAAUUCUACGCUAGACGCGUCUAGAAUGGGGGCUAACUGUUUGCAGCCCACGGCGAGGGGCAGAACAUCAGAAGAUUGCUUGUAUCUUAACGUUUGGACUCCUCAGUAUGCGAGUGGACGCAACGCCUUGCCCGUCGUAAUUUUUAUCGGAGGGGACCUCUACACAUCGUUCGACUCCUCCCUCUACUCGGGGGCGGAGCUGGCCUCCAUGAACCUCAUCGUUGUCACCUUUAAUUACCGACUAAACGUCUACGGUUUCUUCUCGACAGAAGAUGUCAAAGCUGGUGGAAACAUGGGACUUUUAGACCAAUAUUUGGCUAUUGAGUGGGUGCACGAGAAUAUUGACGUGUUUGGAGGUGAUCCAACGAAAGUGACUUUGAUGGGUCACGGAUCGGGAGCUGCGGCAGUGAUGAUGCACAUGACCUCCCCCCGAGCAGUUGCAGGUCGUUUUCACCGAGUGAUCCUCAUGUCUGGCUCGUCGUUAGCUCCCUGGGCGAUGGGCUACCGGGUGAAGGAAGCCUCCCAGCUUCUCGCCAAGGAGGCUGGCUGCUCGACAUCAGGCACAGACGCCAUCCUAAAUUGCCUCCGCUACCUGGACGUCAAUCGGAUCACUCAAGCCUACUACCGCGUCAUAGACCAUUACAAUGGGACGGAUGUGUUUGGUCCCGUGGUGGACAACUUUCUCCCAGUUGAUCUCCAAUAUGUGGGAAGAAGUCCAUGGGAAGCUUUAGAACGAGGAGAAUUUCCAAAGAUUCCUGUAAUUACUGGAAUCUCUGCGAAAGAUGGGCUUCUAAUGAUACGAAGGAAGUCUCAACUCUAUAGGUUGAGACCCUUUGAAUUAAAGCAAACUUUUGAGACCGAAUUAAUUCCACAAUUGUUGGAGAGAUCCAGACUUGGGCGAAAUUGGGAGGUAGUGAAGGAAGUGAUCAAGUUCGCUUUCAUCACGGGAGCUGCCAAUGAAACGGGAGCCAUCAUGGACCAAAUGCUAGACUUCUUCACAGAGUCCAUGUUUUUGGCUCCUCAUGUACAAACAGCUCAAUUCCUAUCCCAAUAUUCGAACCCUGUGUAUGCGUACAUAUUUGACCAGGAGACGCCGGACCCAAAUCUGUACACCAGCUCCUUAAACUCGACAGGGGCUUGGCAUGGUUCAAUUCUUCUCUAUCUGUUUGGCCGGACAGCUUUCUCGGAUCUGAUUGGCCGAGAUCUGAACGGAAUUGAAUCCGGUGUUGCAAGUCGCCUCCAACAAUUUUGGUCUGGUUUCGCCAUCACUGGAACGACUCAAAGUCGCAACUUGUGGUCUCAGUGGACCAAGUUCACGCCCACGGCGCCCUUUCACUACUGGGUGCGGGAUGGGCGUCUGUCUGCCGGGUACCAGCCGCAUCGCACCGCUUUCUGGACCGACUUCCUCCCCAGACUCAACUACCUCAGCGGCAACUCGGUCUACGGAAACUCACUCACUGCCGCCCAGGAAUAUCGAGAAGGUGCAAACCCAGCCUACAAGAGUGCAACGUGGGUCCUCGGAGGUUUGCUCGUCAUCCUUAUGACCAUCCUCUUGCUCGUUCUUUCAGUGCUAAAACGGCGCAGAAAAGAGCAAGAGUUCACCAGUAGAGAAACAUCACCGGAAGUGACGGGUUCUCGCUCACCCCUUCCGUCCCCAAGUCCACAUCCGAGUCGUUCAGGGAGGCGGCCUAGGACUCAAGACCAAGGCGUCACCAUUCUCUACUAAUUCUUGGUUCAUCGAAACUGCAAUUUAACAAACAAUUUUCACCUGCAACCACAUUAACCUUAGUGCUUAAUACAUCCCUUUACACUUUCACUUCCCGGUGGCGUGUUGGGAGAACUUUUUGUUGAUGAAGCCUUAUUUUUCUGUAUGCUGCGUCCAUCCCUCUUUACAUAACGACUCCAUGUGUACAAACAACUUUAUAGUAUUAGAAUGUACUACUAACUACUUGAUCUACAUGUACUGCACACAUUUAGAUAAUGCAUUAUUAGAACUAUAUAUAUUCAUGUCUCUAUUUUGUAUGAUGCUACUAUUCACGAUUAAAUAAAUCCAUAUUCGGAGAUCAACAACGUUUUAAAUAAAGAAAUUUUAUUUCAGGAUCAGCCAAUUAUAAGAGUUGAAAUACACAUACAAAAGACGAGUUUACAAUAAUAAUCAAUAAUACCAAUAAUAAUAUUAACCUAUAAUGAAUUCAUGUUGAACUAUUGACAGGAGGGGAAGUUAAUUGUGGCUUUUUUUAAUCAAAUACACAAGAAACAAAUUUACAUUGAAACUCGAGAGAGUAUAGUUAGAA